AGUUCGCAGAAGAACGGGAAACAAAAAUAGGUGAAACUGGGCACCAUUUCAGACACUGCAAUGCUAAUUUUAGGUGUUCGAAUUCAACGGCCCCUCCUCGUUCCCUCCAAGUGCCGCCUCCGCACCAGGUGCAACUUUUCCAGAUUAUCAUAUCCAUAUCAGGCACCUCAGUACGUAGACGAGGACUGUGCUGAUUUCUUGCCGUGGUUAAGGCAGAAGGCUGGGGUGGAAAUUUCAUCUGUGCUCUCAAUUGGGAAAUCAAUCUAUGGCAGGUCAUUGUUUGCUUGUAAGCCGAUACAAGCUGGUGAUUGCAUAUUGAAGGUUCCUUACAGCGUGCAACUGGCCCCGGAUAAUCUACUUCCUUCAAUAAGUUCUUUGUUAGGAGAGGAAGUGACUGAUGUUGCAAAACUUGCUUUGGUCAUCUUAGUGCACCAAAAACUUGGUCAGGCUUCUGAAUGGGCCCCUUACAUCAGCUGUUUGCCAACGAUUGCGGAGAUGCAUAGCACAAUAUUUUGGAGCGAUGAAGAAUUAAAGAUGAUCAGGAUAAGUUCUCUGUAUCAAGAAACGCUGAAACAUAAGGUUCAAAUUGAAAAGGAUUUCUCCUCCAUAAAACAUGUUCUCGACCGCUUCCCUGAAUUUUUUGAAGAUGUCACAUUGCACAACUUUAAGCAUGCAUAUAAUCUAGUUGAAUCUCGAGCUUGGAUCAGCACAAGGGGCGUUUCAAUGAUUCCUUUUGCAGAUUUCUUUAACCAUGAUGGAUUUUCGGAAACAGAUGUUUUGAGUGCCGAAUUCGAACAAGUGUCUGAGGUUAUUGCUGAUGAAAAUUAUGCUCCUGGUGAUCAGGUUCUUAUAAGAUAUGGAAAGUUCUCCAAUGCUAGACUUCUGUUGGAUUUUGGAUUUAUACUUCCUUGCAACAAGUAUGAUAAGGUUCAAGUUGAGGUAAGUGUACCUCAUCGUGACCACCUGCGUGCAAUGAAAUUGGAUCUUCUGGAUAAACACACAACACCACCCCUGAAAGGCGUUAAUGACUUCAGCUCUUUGGGAAAUGGCUUUCUGGUAAUGGAAGUCAAGUCUUCCAGUGGCAAAGGGAGGGGAAUCCCACAGUCACUUCGUGCGCUUGCUCGUGUUGUAUGUUGCACCUCCUCUCAAGAAUUGCAGGACUUAGCUACGGAAGCAACACAAAAUGACGGCGGUCUGGCCCGAAUUCCAUUGAAGAACAGGGCAAGAGAAGUGCAAGCACAUCAGUUCUUGCGCUUGAGAUUUGAUCACAUAAUUGACAAUUAUAAUGCAGCUCUUGAGUCUCUAACUCACCACAGUUCUUUGCUCGGAAAACAUGCACGAAGAAUGCAGGUGGCUCGAGGUCUCCUCAUUGGGGAGCUUCGGGUCCUUGAAUCCGCCUCUGCAUGGCUGAAAAACUACUGUGAAACCUUGAUUGUGAAAGACAACAACCAGAAGACGUAAAUUUCACAAUUUUACAAACUUCAAGUUAAACAAGUAUGUAAAAUGUAGGAAAAGCUUGUUAUAUGUAAAACAAGUAUGCCAGGUUUAAGUAGAGAUGUAAAGCAAACCAAACGAACCCAAUACAUCCUGUUCAAAGGUGGGAUUUGGGAUGGAAUAUACGCAAACCUGCUCUCUAGCUCCUAGAGGAGAGCGUGUAGAGAUGUAAACGAGGUAAAUGAGUAACAAGUGGUUUGAGUUUGACUUGUUCGUUUUAGGACCGUUCUC